AUUAAUACACAAAAAAUAUUGUCCAUUAUGAAAAAAGAGAAGUCUGAAUAGAAAGAGGCUUUGCAGGAACGUGUGGCCGGGGCGCGUGCGUGCCUGCUGGUCUCGCGCAUGCAAAUCUAUCAAUCAGCGUCACCGCGUUCAGGUGUGCAGCCCCGAACAGAACCCGGAAGUCCCGCUCGGCGCCGAUUCAACCCGUUUGUCCGCUUCAGUCCGGGCUUCAGACGCGAGGAAGAGGAGCAGCUGCCGCUCAGGUGAAGCAACCGGACGGGAUGAAGAGGAGGACAGGAAUUCUAUUCUGACUGUGUUGAGAGCUGGAGGUCAGACGGACUGCAGCGCUCACAGCAGCUGGAGACCAACAUUGACUGCAGGAUUGAGAUGCUUCAGUUUGACCUCCACCUGAUGUGUGUGGCUCCUUCUCACUGCUGAAGAUUUUUCCCAGUCUUCACCUGUUUGUCUCCUCAGAGUUGCCGUUCCCUCAUGUAUCCUUACAUAGAAACAGACCAGGACUAUAUCCCCAGUGAGGACAUUGAUACUCAGAGGUCAUUUUCAUAUUCAACCCCUGGUUCCGAUCAGUGCGUGCCCCCUUCUCCUCCUCCAAAAAUCUCCACUGGUCAGUCUUUUCCCCCAGCUUCACACCAUCAGUCAGUCUCGAGCCAGACCUCGCUGGGCCAAAAUGUCCAACCGCCAGAUGCUUCUUUGCCCCUUCCAGCAUUCACUCCUACUCCUUCAUGGGGUCUGACCCAAGACUCUCUUUCCACACCAAACCCUUACCUUCCUGUUGACGACAACCCGCCCCACCAAGUCACCGUCGAUGUCCCGAGUCCGGACCUGCAGCCCUCUCCCUUCUCACCUCAGUGCUCCGAGGAGUGUCCGGAGCUGGAGUGCUCCGUCUGCUUCAGUCAGUUCAACAAUGUGUUCCGUUGCCCGAAGAUGCUCCACUGCAAGCACACCUUCUGCCUGGAGUGCCUGGCACGCAUUAAUGUCAAGUCAGCCGAGCCCAAUGCCAUCCUGUGCCCGCUAUGCCGCGGACUUACACCCCUGCCCACCCAUGGCCUCCCAAAGCUGACCACGGACUCAGACGUGCUGUCCUACCUGCCGGCCGCCAUGCAGAGGGUCUACAGCAUCCGCUUCAUCCGAAACAAAGGGAAGCUGCAGGUCAAGAGAGCUCCUGAAAGGGGACGCAGUUCAGUGACGUCUCUAGGGCCGACCAACCGCACGCUGAACGUGGGUCUUCCCAGCUCAACCGCGCAGGGCAGCGAGGCCCGUGGCGUGGAUGGAAUGGUGCUGCGGAUGACAGGUCGCCCUGUGUGUCGAGCUCUUUUCCUGGUCUUUGUUGUGGUCAUUAUCGUUGUGCUCACAGCAGUUGUCAUUCACCUUUUGAGCAAGCCCAACUAACAUCAUGUUUCAUAUUUACCUGUUGGAUCUUUUAAAACUUUUAAAUCCAUCAAUUCAGAAAUGUUUUUAUUGACCCUAAACCUCUGUGAAGAGAAACAUCAGAAAUGACCAAACUCUAAUUUUCAGUCAAAAAUGAUUUUAGAAUAACUUAGUUCCAGACUUCCUUUGUCAGACUACAGAUGUUGUGACUGAACAGGAUCUUCAGGGAGGACAGAGGAACAAAAGUCAAAGAGAACAGUCAGCAUGAAAAGCGCUCAUUGAUGCUGUGAGGAAGUGACGGCCGACAAAACCAGGCUGCACGUCGGCGUGUGCUGAAGGGGAACGAGCAACAGCUCGCUCUCUGAAUUCAGCUGUACUCAGGUUUUCCCUUCUAUGUAAAGAUUGUUGGUUCUAGUCUUUGAAAUGGUCAACAGUCAGAACCUUCAUCCUCUAAGCACUUUAAACUGUCAGCCAGCAUGUUUUUACCGUGUUGCUUCCUUAUGUUGAAGCUGCAGCUCUAAACAAAUGUUGACGGCUUCAUGGAAAUGAGCUGGGCUGCAGCGGGUCUGCUGCUCAGGGGAGCUGCCAUUUGUGGAGACGAGUACACAGAGUUCAGUUUAGGUCUGGUUGUUUGCAGCAUGGAGCAUUACUCUGGUGUAAACAGGGUCAAUAUGGUCCCAGCAUUUUCUUAGUUUGUCUUCUGAACUUGUUUAUUCGUCAGUGAAUCCAAAACUCCAACAGGUUCAGCUGGUCAGAAUAAACGAAAACUGUGGUGAUUCACAGAGAGGAAGUGGCCUUUUGGCUCUGCUGCCACCUCAAGAUUCUAUCAAGAUUCUGACGACUGAGGCUAACAUCUUUAUUUUUUUUUAUUCAUUUUUUUUUAUCUUAAAAUCCAAUCUGUCAGUUGACUUCAACAUUCUGUGUAGUAUCCAUGUAAGGCGCAUUCUAUUAUCUUAUAGGCUUCUCUCUGUUUUACUUUGCAAUGUAAAAUAAAUGACUUUUAUGUAUUUAUAACUAUUUUAAAGCAAAUGUUGCACCAUUAUAUUUGUAUUAAACUUAAAUAAAUUUCUACAAGAAACCAAUCUUUUGAGUCUUUUUUUACAAGAAGUAAAACUUUCAGUUUCGACUAAAUAUCUGCACGUUUAGGACGGUGUCAUGUGACCUUUUAAGGGAGGACUGCAGAUGGCAGUGUAACCCCUUCAGUAGUUAAGGUACAAAACCACAAUAUCCUGCUUUGACCAUCCUGCUGUUUGGGUCAAGUCUAAACUGAUUUACAUCUUAAAACACUCAAAUUGUGUUUUACCAAUGUAUAGUGGAGCAGAUAGUGUC